CGCGGCCCCAGAUCAGCCAGCAAGUGAAACGACUCCGUCUUGAAUCAACAAGUGCGUCUCACAUGACCUGGAGGUUGGAGAGAAAAGGGAAGGAGAUAUCUCAAGUCAGAAGGGGAAAAAAAUAAUAAUGGACCCAGAAAAAAGGGAAAAAAGGCUCAGCCUGCCCCACGGUCUCCGUCAAUUUUCAGUUGAGCUAAAUGGGCUUGGACAAUGACCAGAUGCCGCUUCUGGGCUUCGAUUCGCUGGUGCCCAAAAUGGCCGGCUGGGACGCUGCAUCCGAGACCCCUGCUACGAUCAACGAUUGGACUGAGUCCGGUCGAUGGUCAUCUCCAGCUUUACUCGAUCAGGAAUGCAAGUUCAAGGCCGGAUGCACUUGUAAUUUUGUUACUGCUGGUACUGGCAUGUUACUUCGAGUCGGACCUACCAGGAAGGAGAAGCGGUGGCGAGAGGGCGACUGGCUGAGGGCCGACGAUAUCCAAGGGAGCAUCGGAUAUGAAUGGAGAAACGAGGACACGAGAAGGAUCCCUUGCCCGGCUCAACCCGCAACUCAAUCAGUACGGCACAGAGAGCGAUUUACGGUGUAG